UAGGUUUUCGGUAGCGUUUCACUGAUACACAGACAGUACAUAAACCCUAAACCUCCAAAGUCCCGCAUACUUCAUUUUUUUUUUAUAGCAUAAUUUCAUACAGUAAUUUAGAAGAGGAAGAAAGAUGCAGCACGAUGAGGUCAUAUGGCAAGUUAUCAGACACAAUCACUGCAGUUUUAUGGCCAAAAUCACUACUGGAAAUUUUUGUAGAAACCCAUAUAACAUUACUGGGGUUUGUAAUCGUAGCUCUUGCCCUCUUGCUAAUAGUCGCUAUGCAACUAUCCGUGAUCAUGAUGGUGUCUUUUAUUUAUAUAUGAAGACCAUUGAGAGAGCUCAUAAACCCAAUGAGUUAUGGGAAAGAGUAAAGUUGCCAAGAAACUACGAGAAGGCACUUGAAAUCAUAGACAAGCAUCUGAUGUACUGGCCAAAGUUUCUUGUGCACAAAGAUAAAACGCGCCUGACAAAAAUGACUCAGAUGCGUAUACGAAUGAGGAAGCUUGCUUUGAAAACAAGGGAGAAGAUAAUGACUACACCCAGAAAAGAGAUAAAAAGAGAGUCUAGAAGGGAGAAAAAGGCUGAAACAGCCGCUGAACUGGACAAGAGUAUUGAGAAAGAGUUGCUUGAACGACUCAAUGGAGGACUUUAUGGUGACAUACAUAAUAUUCUGCCAAAACAUUUCAACAAAAUUCUUGAUGAAAAUGAACUACAUGCUGUUAGUGAAGAUGAAGAAUAUGAAGAGGAACCUGAAAUAGAAUAUGUUCAAGGCUAUGAUGAUCUUGAAGAAGAAGAUGAUAUAGAAGAUUUUGGUGGUUUUGCUAUUGACGAGUCUCUCAAGAAUAAUGGUGAUGCAUCUGAGGAUGAAGAAGAGAUGGACUCAGUUGAUGGUAAGAGGGUUAAAAGAAGAUCGGAGUCUGCUCAUCAAAAGAUGGAGGAAGAUGAACGUAGAAAGUCAAAAAAGAAGGCAAAGGUUCUGGUUGAGGUCGAGCGUGAAGAUGCUUCUGAAAGGCAGAGGGCAACCUUUUGAGAUGGUUUUAACAUGCUUUUUAAUUAAGGGGUUGACAUCUUCGUGUAAAAUUGUUCUUUACAUCAAUUUUUGUAAUUUAGGUUUCAUAUAUAGGAAGAUCUGGAGUCUGAAGAUGCAGUAGGCCAUGAUUUGAUAUUAUCUUCAACUCUCAUCUGUUUCCUUUCUUGUUUUUUCUCCUUUCCUUUCCUUUUGACCUCUCGUCUGAAGAUUUUAGUUGCCUUGACAGUCAAUUAAAAGGUGAAAUGAUGCAAGGAAACAAUUAGAGGUUCUCUUUCAACUUAUUUU